AUUUUAUUUGCGUUGUAUCAAUUUUGUAUCACUUGGGGUUAAGAUUAAUAGGUUUGUAUAGACCAAUAUGUAUUUCGAUGUGUCAUGUUUCAGGGUGGCAGCCACCGAAACAAUUUGGGAGUUCCAGAGAGGGUCUAGCUCUGUUUAAGUUCAAGGUGACAUGCGCAGGUUUUAAAACGAGUUGUUGGUGUUAUUUUUGUUCAGAUGAACAUGGGCUCACACUUCUUUUCCUCAUUUUACUCAGUUUUCUCGUUUCUCGUUCUUUUCGACCGUGUGCCUGUAUUUAUUCAACAGCGCCUCACUGGUAGCCAAUCACAAGCUAAAACAGGGCGUGACGCGACCUACUCAAAUUACUAUUAUGAGGAAGAAGUUUCUGACGCCUGCGCAGUAGCACUCCCAGCAUCACUUCAUUUAAAACUGACCCAAACACCGCGUCUUACACGCCCCAAAACAUCCAGACAACUUUAAAAAUAAGUUGUUCGUGUCAUAUCUUAUCCCAGUAAACAAAGCAUCGGAGAUGUCGUCGUCCAAUCUGCAGGCUUACUGCUUCACGGAACUCCAUCAUGAGCAUAUUCAGAAAGUGGACCAAUACCUGAUCCACCUCCAGCUGUCUGAUGCAAACCUGAUGGACGUGUCGCUGCGGUUCAGGCGGGAGAUGGACAAGGGCCUGGGCCGGGACACCAACCCAACCGCCGCCCUUAAGAUGCUGCCAACAUUUGUACGAUCCACCCCUGACGGCACUGAAAAGGGCCACUUCUUGGCUCUUGACCUUGGCGGGACCCACUUUCGUGUGCUCUUGGUGAAGGUGUCCUGCAAUGGCCAGCAGAAUGUGGAGAUGGAGUCCCAAAUCUAUGCCAUUCCAGAGGAAAUCAUGAGGGGCACUGGCUCUGAGCUAUUUGACCACAUUGCUGAUUGUCUGGCCAAUUUCCUGGACAAAUUGGGCAUAAAAGAGAAAAAGCUUCCCCUCGGCUUCUGCUUCUCAUUCCCCUGCCAGCAGACGAAGCUGGACGAGAGUAUUCUGGUCUCCUGGACAAAGGGCUUCACGGCGAGUGGCGUAGUAGGAAACGACGUGGUUGCCAUGCUGAGGAGAGCCAUCCAGAAAAGAGGGGACUUUGAUAUUGACAUUGUUGCUGUGAUCAAUGACACGGUGGGCACAAUGAUGACCUGUGGCUACGAAGACCAUCACUGCGAGAUUGGCCUGAUUGUCGGCACGGGCACCAACGCCUGCUACAUGGAGGAGGUGCGGAACAUGGAGCUGGUGGAGGAGGACGAGGGCCGCAUGUGCGUCAACAUGGAGUGGGGGGCGUUCGGGGACGACGGGGCGCUGGACGACCUGCGCACCGUGUUCGACCGCGAGAUUGAUGCCGGCUCCCUGAACCCCGGAGGGCAGCUCUUUGAGAAGAUGAUCAGUGGCUUCUACAUGGGCGAGUUGGUUCGCCUCAUCCUGGUGAAGAUGGCCAAAGAGCAGAUGAUCUUCCAGGGUCAGGUCACCCCCGGCCUGCUGACCAGGGGCAGCUUCAACACCGGCCACGUCUCUGCCAUCGAAGACGACAGGGACAACGCCGGUCUGCUGGCCGCCGAGACGCUCCUGCGGGGGCUGGGGCUGAGCCCGUCCACGGAGGACUGCGUGGCCACCCAGCGGGUGUGUCAAGUGGUGUCCACCCGCUCCGCCCACCUCUGCGCCGCCUCGCUGGUGUCGGUCCUGCGGCAGAUCCGCGACAACAAGGCCGCUGAGAAGCUCCGCACCACCAUCGGCGUGGACGGCUCCGUCUACAAGAACCACCCCCAGUUCGCCCGCAAGCUCCACAAGAUGGUGCGGCGGCUGGCGCCCGACUGCGACGUGCGCUUCCUGAGCUCGGGGGACGGCAGCGGCAAGGGCGCGGCCAUGGUGACGGCGGUGGCGUACCGGCUGGCCAUGCAGCACGCCGAGCGCCAGCGCAUCCUGGAGCCCCUGCGGCUGGGCCGGGAGCAGCUGCUGGAGGUGAAGAGGAGGCUGGAGGAGGCCAUGGAGCAGGGCCUGGCCAAGGAGACCCACCAGCAGGCCAGCCUCAAGAUGCUGCCCACCUAUGUCCGGGCCACGCCCGAUGGCACAGAACACGGUGACUUCCUGGCUCUUGACCUUGGGGGGACGAACUUCCGAGUGCUCCUGGUGCGUGUACGGAGUGGGAAGAAGCGCAGCGUGGAGAUGCACAACAAGAUCUACAGCAUCCCGCAGGAGACCAUGCAGGGCACCGGGGAGGAGCUCUUCGACCAUAUCGUCCAGUGCAUUGCGGACUUCUUGGAGUACAUGGGAAUGAAAGGGGCUGUCCUUCCCCUGGGCUUCACCUUCUCCUUCCCCUGUCAACAAAGACAACUUGACCAGGGAAUCCUUCUGAGAUGGACAAAGGGAUUCAAGGCGACGGGCUGUGAGGGGGAGGACGUGGUCACCUUGCUGAAAGACGCCAUUCGACGUAAAGAGAAGUUUGACCUGGACGUGGUGGCGCUGGUCAACGACACCGUUGGCACCAUGAUGACCUGCGGCUACGAGGACCCCCUGUGUGAGGUGGGCCUCAUCGUAGGCACGGGCACCAACGCCUGCUACAUGGAGGAGGUGCGGAACGUGGAGCUGGUGGAGGGGGACGAGGGCCGCAUGUGCGUCAACAUGGAGUGGGGGGCGUUCGGGGACGGCGGGGAGCUGGACGAACUGUGCGCCGAGUUCGACCGCGUCGUGGACGAGAGCUCCAACAACCCCGGGAAACAAAGGUAUGAGAAGAUGAUCAGUGGCAUGUACCUGGGUGAGAUUGUGCGGAACGUGCUGCUGGAGUUCACCGCCAAGGGCCUGCUGUUCUGUGGCAAGCCUACUGAGAGGCUGAAGACACGGGGCAUCUUCGAGACCAAGUUCCUGUCCCAGAUCGAGAGUGACCGGCUGGCCCUGCGGCAGGUGCGCUCCAUCCUGCAGCACCUGGGCCUGACCAGCUCCACGUGCGACGACAGCAUCCUGGUGAAGGAGGUGUGCGGCGUGGUGUCCCGGCGGGCCGCCCAGCUCUGUGGCGCCGGCCUGGCCGCCGUGGUGGACAAGGUGCGGCGCAACCGCGGCCUGGAGCACCUGCGCAUCACCGUGGGGGUGGACGGCACGCUGUACAAACUGCACCCCCAUUUCUCUGGGAUCCUGCGAGAGACGGUGCUGGACCUGGCUCCCUGCUGCGAGGUGAGCUUCCUGCAGUCGGAGGACGGCAGCGGGAAAGGCGCAGCGCUGAUUACUGCCGUCGCCUGCAGAAUGAGGGACGCCGCAAAGCACUGAACACCAACCCCCUGCCCACCUCCCCCUCCCCCCCAGGGUAGACGCAGAGAGAACAGCUCUGUGGGACGGUUAUAUUUAGUACGGACGUGGUUCAUCUCAAACCGUGUGUGUCUGGUCUGUAUGUACGGAUCUAACCUAACCAUGCGAGAAACCACUCGCAGGACAUUGGAUGCGAGUAACCAAAUGUGUAAGAUUAAAAGAUGAGAGCUCCCAUCCGUGGGGCGAGGCAAAGACCCAAGAUUAAAUGCUGCAAGGCGGUUUUGGAACCGCCGUCCAAACCCUGCCUCGCCAGAUAGAACUGGACUUGGAGGACUUAACGCUAGAAGGGAAAAUCUGUCAGAAUAUCACCAAUGGGAAAUAUAACUAACGGUAUGAUAUACAAUAUGUUAUGCAUCCCAAAUAUAUACAAUUUCUGUAAUGAAUAGGUUUCACAAAUUGUACAAAGCCUUACAGAGGCCUAACUUAAAUAGAGUAAUGCCUUUUGUGUCUGAGACGCACGCAGAGUUCGGCUAGAUAACAGCAGCUUGAUUUGAUAUUAUUCUUUCGUUCCUCUGAUGUUGUCAAAUGGAACAGUUUUUAUUUCAUAGUUGCCAUCCCUAUUAUAUUCUACCUUAUCAACUGAGGUAGCCUAACCCGUCAAACUCAAAUGUAAAACACUCUUAGAACUAUAACAGAUACGAUCAGAACUAUAGGUCACUCGGCAACUUAUCCGGCUUAGCAACUUUAGCCUAUAUUUUGCUCAAGUGAAAACUGUUCCUUCUUGAGCAAAAUAUAGGCUAAAAUUUACUAAAGUUACAUGAGACUUGAGAGCAGGGCUCUCAAAUUCGCAUUCGCAUUCGGCGUGAAACACACGCAAUUCAACCCAUGCACACGCUGACGCUCACACUCCACACUUCGUAUUUAUCACGCAGAGAAUAUACCAGGAUAGCGGCCACCAAUUUGGGCCACUAUUUAAAAGUGGAACAGGUAGGAAUCAAAUGGGUUUCCCGUACGUAGGGUAACCAGACGUCAUCUUUUGCCCCCGCCCCCCACAAAAUCUCACUCUGAACUCAGUUAAAAACUUGAGAGCCCUGCUCAUAGCCAAUCAAAGCCUGUUGGUAGCAGGGCAAAUACAUCCUUCUUGGUAAUGAAAGAGUUCAACACCGAAAGUUGCUAUGUUUUCCAAAAUAAACAUGCGUUCUAAACUACUUAGAACACUAUCUAAGGCUGCAUCGAAAGGUAACGCGUCUGCUGCCAUUUUGGACCCGUAAACGACAAGCUUAGGUAUGUUGCGUAGACGUCGUCAUCGUCUUGCCGUCCCUCCCAGUUCUGUGAUUGGUUCCCUAUCUCCAGCGAAAAUCUGAUCCAUGGAAUCCAGGCUGCCUUGAAGCGCGAAAUGAAAUUGCGCGCAAGGCAGCAUAGGUAUACCCAGGCUAAAGCCUGAUAGAUUGCCCAGAGUGACCUAUAGUUCUGAUCGUAUCUGAUGUGUGUGCGAUCUGUGACUUAAUACACAGAUACAUCUUCCACACUUAAGAAAAAGCUUGAGAUUUUCCCGGCUCUUUAUUGAAGGUCUAAGUUUUGCUUUGUGUUCGCGAAAUGAAAAUAUUUAGUCAAGCAAAUAAAUGUAAAAAUGAAAUAAAUGAAAAGACUAUACAAGGUCUCCGCAUGGGGUCGACCUUCGCAUGUGUGCACCGUGAAAGCGCUGGAAGUCGUAUUCCCACUUUGUUUGUGUAUGUGUGUUAGAAAUGAGUCAUUUGUGGUUUGGUUGAAGACCAGAUGAGCGGUUAUAAAAGAAUAAGCAAUAUGCAGUAGGCUACAUUCUGCACCUUACAACCAAUAGGCUAUGAUUUUUAACUCGGUAUUGAUGACAGGGGAUGGGUUUGUUUUGUUUGGGAUUUUAACCCUGAAAUGUCAGCUUUUCAAAUGGGUUUUCCCCAAAGACGAUAAAACCAUUUAUCUCUGUAUUCAUAGUCAUUUAAAUGUCUUUUUUGGUAGAUUGUUGCCACAGCUCCGCUUAACCCCGAUAGGUGUGUAUGAAAAGUUUAAAAACAGCCAACCACAGGGCUGCUUUUUGGACAGUUUUAUAUAUUGCAGCAAAAAGGAGAAUACGGAAAGAAACCCAUGUAGAUGUGACCAACGUUUACUUUUUUUCUGUUGUGUUGGUCUUCACUGGACUUGCAAAUUGAUUUGGCUUGGUAUCAUUAAUAUGAUACCAAGAUUUAACUGAUAUUCUGUGGUAUCAUUGAUAAUACUUUAAUGAUUGUUAAUUAUUUAAUGCUUUAAUUAUUGUGCUUUUCACAGUUUAUAAAAUGAGGUUAAGUACCGCCUACUCAUUGCUUUAAUAUUAGGCCAACUAUAUUUAAUAUCAUAUUGUAACUAGACUUAUUUAGUGUAUUCUUUGUGGAGGUGCUCCAACUACAAUAACGGAUGAAGAAGGUAUAGGCUAUGCCUACUACCUACUGUGACUAUUACAUUACUUGAGACUAAAUGAACAUUGGGGCAAGGGAUCAAUACUUAAAAUCAUGCUUAAACUCAUAACCGAACACUCAAACGAAGUUCAAGUCUAAAUUGAUUGGUUAGGCUUGAUCUUUGUUGAAGAUCAACAUGAACUUUGCAAUGUUACUCAUGUGAUUCACUUCACUGACUGGCAGAAGACUGGAGGCGAUGGUGAGGUCUGCCAGCGACAAUGACUUCUGAUUAAAGCCCCAUGAGUGGCUGAACCUGGAACAGGCAGACGCACUUGGAAACCUGAAACAAAUGCCCCCUCUUGUUCGACCAGCAUCAAGCUGAUUAUCGAGGCUGGAUUUGGAAGGGCUUCCAGGUCUGGCGAGAGAGCCGGUGAUUAACACUUAAGUCCACCGACAGUGUUUGCGCUGUCAAUUUCUUCGCACUAAUCAGCAAAACCCUGAUAAAAAAAAAAAGGCAUUUUCCACGCAAGCAGGUUGCUUUAUUGAUUCCGGAGCAAAUAUGUGUUAGUAACUCUGCUCCAGCCAGAAGCAUAAAAGUAGGCCUAAUUGGAAUAAACUAAUCAAUACAAACACACAGGAAAUGUAGACUGUCGGGGUCUGGGGACAAAAUCGAAGUCUGUUCCAAACCAUGACCCUUGAUUGCCCAGCAAUUAGACCCGGUGUUGUGUCGAGAUCUGUUUCCCCGUCGAGAUGUGUUUCCCCUAGUCCCAGAUAAUGACUGUCAGGAUGCGUUCCCCCUGUUCUAAAUGGUCAAAUUGAAUGAUAUCAGCCUGAAAAUCACAGCACUUAUCUCUUGUGGGGAAAUAAGUCAGCAGUAUGAAUUUGAAAGAUGUGUGAGCCUCCUUUCCUAUGGAACAGAGGGCCAUUUCGGACGGGGGCGGGGACUAGGGGAAACACAUCUCGACGGGGAAACAGAUCUCGACACAACACCGGUAGGCCUGUAAACAAAUACAAAUCGACUGUGGAGGAACGGUUCUCUAAAUAAAUAAAAACUAUAAGGUUUAAAAUCUCAGUUAAAUUUUUCAUUUAGUAUUUAAAUGACUAGGCUAUUUGAAAUCAGUUGAGAAAUGUAAACGUAUUGGUGCUUAUAUCCAAAAAAAAACGCAGGUCGCUCAUACAUUUCUUUAUGUUUACAGGGCAGUCUUGUUCUCUCCGAUAUGGUGGCAACGUUGACAUACGAUCCAAAGGCAAAUGCAUGUUUAUGAUUAUUAUUGCCACACCCAGGAAAUCAUGGAAAAAAUCUCUGACCAGUGUCUUCAAGCAUAGAUACAUUGGUUCUGUUCUAAGGUCACCGAGGAACGAGGUUAGCCUGGUGGGGGUAAUCUAGCUAAUUGGACAGCCACCGCCCAGGCCGCUCCACUCUAUGUAUGAGAAGGUAGAGGGAUGUCAUGUAAAGAAGCGAGCAGCCAGUCCUGUUGAUCAUGGUGUCAACAUAAGUUUCCACCAAGUCGAAUAUAUAGAUAGCUUAAAGGUGACAUCUUACCACCAGGUGUGAGUGUGAUUAGCCAUUACAAGCUGUUAUCUGCUUAUCUGAAUAUCUGUAUACAUCUAGGUGGAAACGCCCAUUUGUGAUAUCAGAAGAGGCAGAAACGGCUUCUAAUUGCUUAUCACAUUCCCACCUGGUGGUAUAAUAUGUUCCCUUUCAAUGAGGCCUGGUUUAAGCAUUGUGGGAUAUUGGAGGAAAGACUGUAUAUAUAUUUUCUUUUUCUUUUUCCAAAUUCAUUAUUUUAUGCAUUAUCAUCAUAAUAGGCUCCCUGACUAGCCACAAUUGUUAGUUCAGCUUUGGCUGUGUUAGAGAUGUUAAUCCUGAAUAGCUAUUGUAGUUUUCCUUUUGACAUUUCAUUUUUGACGGGGUUCUGUGUAUUGUGAGUCCUUUGUGCUUAUGAACUGUGCAGGGUGCUUGGCUGGUUCAUACAUAAUAAUCUCCUUUGCAAUAUAGGAAAAGAUCUGGGGCACAAGGCUUAUUGCUAAGAUUCAAUAUUUUUUUGUGAUCUUGACCUCAAGCCCUCGAUUCAUUCAGAUCUCCCGUCUGUCAGGGCAGAACUUCUUUGGCUCAUUUCGCAGAUGCAAGUAACCAAUAUUUCUUCCGUUGCCUCGGUGGAGGGCUUGCCAUUCCUUCACAACCUCAGUGCGGUAAGCCAACGCUGUCCAUAUAUCUGACGGCAUGGCGACUCGUCAUGGAGGAGGACAGUGGAGACGACCUGGACAGGGGUAAGAGCUUCAGCUUCAAAGGGCCUCUCCUGCUCCUCUGUGUCGCGUGCUUCUGCGUCUUUGCCUCCCCGGCAAAGCCACACUGUUUCGCCCACCUGUUUGGCGAAAUCAUGGGCGAGGCAGCGGUCAUCAAGGCAGACCCGCGCCAUCUUUAAAGGUGACAUUAUUAUACCACCAGGUGUGAGUGUGAUUAGCCGUUACAAGCUGUUCUGAAAAUCUGCCUCUUCUGACAUCACAAGUGGGCAUUUCCACCUAUGCGUGUGACCUAGAUAGAUCAGUCUACCAGCCUACCCAGUGGACUGUAGCAAAUGUUGCUCAUCUAUCCAGAACACUUCUAGGUGGACAUGCCCACUUGUGAUGUCAGAAGAGACAGAUUUUAUAAACGGCUUGUUACGGCUAAACACACUCACACCUGGUGGAACAUUAUGACACCUUUAAAUCAGUCAGGGGGUGACCAAACCCCCAACGCAGUACACUUGUACGCCGACAAACAAACACCAAUGUAUUGCUAUCACAACAAACAUACACUUAAAUAGUGCGCCGCCAAUACACAAGAACAGACAAAACCCAAUGCUAUUUGAACACUAUAUAACUUUAUCAUAGCUGCAAUACAAUGUCACAAAACCAAGGUUAAAUCUGCUAUGGCAAUGGUAAAGAUAUCGCUUAAAUAGACCUCCGCAAAGGCCAUUAAAAGUGACUGCAGGGGGCGUGGAUGGUCGUCUGAUGGUCGUCUGAGUGGGUGACGCCCACUUGUGGCGCCAGGCCUGCAUCAGGGGCAUCGCCCAGAGCUAUAGAGAGAGUUGCGACACGCUAUGAUCUCGCCGACAGGGUGGUCACGUGGUUGUCACGUGGUUCAUGUAAGCCUCAAUAGUUCCAAACACGGCGCGCAGUCAAUGUUAUUCUAUGGGACGACAGCAGAGAUUUCAAUAUUGAAUGGUAAAUAUGAAUGAAAAAAACACAUACAAGUAUUUGUCUGACUGUUAUGGCAUUAUCGCAUAUUUGUUAAUGUCAGUUUUACAUUUAGAGUGGUAGGGGGACAACUGAAAGCUAUCUCUAAAUAUUACUUGGAUACGUUUAAGUUUGAGGGAAAGCUUCACGUUCGUGUUAGCAUACUGGCUUAACCUUAACUUUUACGCUACAUCUGUAUUGAAAUCAAAGUAUUGAAGAUGUUUUACCAUGAUCCUUUUAAGAUAUGAGCCACACAAAGUAUCAAAUAUAUUAAAGAAUAACAACUCAUUACGCUUGGAUGAAUGAAAUAGUAUUUUUUUUUAUUAAACAAUUAGUGUGACAAGAACAAGUGAUUGCGAUUGUGUGAACAGAUUCAACAAUGGACACAGCAGGGAACACUAUAUACUUAGGGCAAACCAUUGACAUAUAACGUUGCAAAUAUACUAUACAUUAUGCCAUUACAAUACUUACUUACUUACUAACCCUAACCCUAAUAGCCCUGAGGAAAUUAAAAAAAUGGUAUCAAUGGUCAUACCAUGGUUGGCUGUGCAGCGUUUGGAUUCUCCAAUCGGUCCGAGAAGGGUUACCACAUGUAUGGCUUCCAAGGACCAAGAGCGCAGGAAGAAAUGGAUGGCAAUGGUCAGCCGUCAAAACUUACAAGUGACAGGGGUCAGCAACAGUCAAAAACUGAUCUUACAAGCCUACCUACAGGUACACUUUGAAGAUGACCAAUUCACUGCCACAAAAAGAGAAGGGAUGUUGAAGCUGAGGCCCGAUGCAGUCCCAACAGUUUUUAUUCAUUGCCCUAAGCCGAAGAGGAGGAAAACCCCCUUCUGUGAGGGUGCCUCCAGAACUAAGUGCAACGGACCACACAUAUUGCGCCAAAUUAAACUUCGGUAUGAUCCAUGCAGCUAACAAUAUUCCCCAUUUCAUGUAAUUCAAGGAUAAUCUACACUCCUAAUGAGAUUACAUAAUUCAUAUUUGUACAUUCAGUUUAAAAAAACAACCAGAGGUCAGGGAUUCUCUGAGGACUUGCACACAAUGUAGAUAAUCUACACAUUUCUACCCAAUUAACAAUUGCCGGUAGAUCCAUUUAUACAUUUUAUUGGUUUCUGAUUGUGGCAGAUGAUUUAAUUCACAUUACAGAAAUGUUUCGCUUUAUUUAAUUUUCUUACAUUGCCUUACAUUGGAGAUGACAGUAGUUGCAAAUGCAAAGGCAAAAUACAUAUAACAGCAACAUUACCUUGUAAUUGUUACAGAGAUUGAGGGAGAAAUUGAGGUGGAUUUCAAGAGCGAUGAAAAGGACAUGACAGGAGACAGAGAGAGCAAUCAAGAGGCCACUUUGCCAGGGGCAGGUGAUCCAGGGGCAGGUGAUCCAGGGACUAGACUGCCAGGGACUGAUGGGGUGACUGUGGAGGACAUAAUAAGACAACUAGAAAAGGAAAUAUUAAUGAGAAGGAGAGCAGAGAGGGCUCUUGUAAAACAAAAAAUAAUCCAUUUGGCACUAAGAAAGAGAAACAAUUCAGUCAACAACAAGUUAAAACGAAAAAGCCAUACAGGUUAAAUUCACCCAUCAUAAUCAGCAUUGUUGAAGCGGCGGCAUCUAUAGGGCUUCAUGUGCUGAACAUCACCCUUUCCAGGAUAUAAUUAAACAAACAGUUAUUUCUACUAGCUAUCGCAUCAUAAAACCCGUCCUUAAAUCAACCUAAAUGAUCCUAGUAAUCCAACAUAAAUAACUAACUAAAUAAAAGUUAGAUUGACUACUGAACUUCGUAAUUGUUGGUGUAGAUACCUUCACAUGGCGAAGUCGAUCUAACAAACCAGCAGGCAAUCGGUCGUCUACCAAGAUAUAAAAUAUAUAUAAUUACGCUUUGCAUAUACAAAUAAAUAUCAGUAUAUGCAUCAUAAAGGUCCUGAUACAAUACAGACAGUUGACAAUUCAAAAGAGGUAGCUAUUUAAUCAAUUUACCCCUGGAGAUACCUUCACAGGUGGUGAUGUCGAGCUAACAAACUAGCAGGCAAUCGGUCGUAUACCAAGAUAAAUAUAUAUAUAUAAUUACGCCGUGCAUAUUCAAAUAAAUAUCAGUAUAUGCACCAUAAAAGGACCUCUAAUAAAAUACAGUUGACAAUUCAAAAGAGGUAGGCCUAGCUAUUUAAUCAAUUUACCCCUGGAGAUACCUUCACAGAUGGCGAAGUUGAGCUAACAAACUAGCACUAGCAAUAUUUAUAUAAUUACGCUGUGCAUUUACAAAUAAACAACAGUAGGCUAUAUGCAUCAUAAAGGGCCUCUGAUACAAUAUAGACAGUUGACAAUUCAAAAGAGGUAGCUAUUUAAUCAAUUUACCUCAGAAGUUACUCGACGGCCAGCAAUGGAAAUGAAUGAUCUCCUACACCGUAAAAUGGUUGUUUGGAACUAUUCGAGGCUCCAUACCCCGGAAGUAGGCGCUACAACGGAGUCCAAUGGAAGUGUCGCCACUCUGUUAUAUCUACCACUCUGGCAUCGCCAUGCCACGGCCACCGUCCGCCCUGGAGAUGAAGGACAUGCAGGGGGACUAAACGAGACCCCUGCCGCCGUCCGGACGGCCUACCAUGUGCCAACGGUUACGCCCAUCCAGCGGUAUCUUACUGCGGUGGCAAAGGAUCCAUCUCCUUCCAGAGUGAAAGAGAGAAAGAAGCCACGAUCAAAGUCAACGUGGCAGCUGUUACAGCUCGCCGCGUAUGUUGUGACGACAAACCGUCACAACAUAUGUGGUUUCUAGUCACCCACUGGUCAAGAGAUUCUAUGCAUGGGGCUAGCUGUGUGUUAAGCCUGUUUUCAGUGUGCUUACACCACACUGGGAUCUUCCCACUGUUGCAUGGGGUAUCCGGGGACCCUUUCCAUGUCUCUCUCUCAAGCCCCUUUGGAUGCUAUCUUUGAAAGGCCACAUAUUAUACCCCCAGGUGGGAGGCUCAGUGGCGGAUCUUCCAUUAGGC